UGUGUAAGCAGCCAUCGUUCCAACCUUUUUCUCAUCCCAACACGUGUCAUUUUCCUCUUGCUCUACUCCUCUCAAGCCCAACAAUUUUUAAACAAAAAAAAGAAAGAAACCUUAACCCUCUUAAAUAAAAGAGGCCAAAAAUCAAAUAAACUUUCCUUCCUCCAUUGUUAUACACCUUACACAACAAACACAGAGAGAGAGAGAGAGAAACAAACAAACAUUUAACAAUCAUCAAUGACGGAACAACAAGAAGACAUUGAAAUUUCAACCGAAUCGAACACAAUCAUUGAUGAAGACGGCUUAGAGCUUAGCCUUUCUUUACGUCCUUCUGGUUAUUCUUCCUUUAAUGAUCUGAAGAACCUUCCAGAAACUUAUGCUUCUCCAGCUUCCAAUGGUCAGAUCUUCUCAGAACGUGACGCACAAUCACUCCGCCGUCAUGAAGCUAAUAAGUUAAAACGAGGCUUGAAACGUAAAGAUUCUGUUGAAAACGACGUCGUUGCUAUUCAGGAAGAGGAUUUUGUUCAACGGAGUCGGAAAGUUCAAAAUUUAGGGUUACAACAAGCAGCGCUGCCGUCGGUAGGGCGGAAUGCUGGUUCUUUAAAUGGUGGUUUUCGGCCUUACAAAGGGCAAAAUGGUAAAAUUAGUCCUUGUAUUGAGGGUAAAGAUGGUAACACCUCUGUUUCCAGCGGUAGUUCUUCUGGAAUUUCUGAUAAUCACCAAAUCAUUUCUGGCGCAGGUGGGAAUAGCAGUGAUACUGGCAGUCAUUCAAGUCAUCCUCACUCACAACUGCCCUCCCCAAGUGCUCCCUCAUCUAGUACAACUUCACAACUACGUCUUAAUUCAUCACAACUAGACCUUCAACCUAACACUUCUAAACCAAACCGCUCAAAAUCCCAAGUAUGCAGCUCAUCUUCUAAUAAAAUCGAGCUUAACUCAGUCUCAAAACAACCAUGUAAAUCACUGGACGGAGCAACAUCAUUGAAUACGACUCCCCAAAGCACCGUUCCUAAAGAAACCAAACCAGAAAUCGGAAAGCCCCCUAAACCCAAUGGGUUGAUGGGCCAGCAGAAAGCUGUAUUUUCUCAAAUGCCGUGUGUUUCAGCCACCGGAAAUGGACCAAAUGGGAAGACAAUAACCGGGUUUUUGUAUAAAUACACAAACACUGAGGUGGGCAUUGUAUGUGUUUGCCAUGGAGCAUCGUUUUCCCCAGCAAGUUUCGUGGAGCAUGCUGGUGGUGUUGAUGUAGAGUACCCACUCAGGCACAUUAAAGUUGUAUCCUUUCCACUUAGUUAACCACUAAUCCAUUAUACUCCGUUCUGUUUACAUUGUUACAUCUAAUAGUUUAAUAUGAAAGAAAGUUUUUUAAGCUAAAUGUAGCGAUCUUAAUGAGAUAAAUGAGUAAUUGCGAGCUAAUAAUAUGACUUUUUUUUUAAA